CAGGCACCCGCCCAUUGCCACUCCACUUGUGGCCAUUGCCAUCAGGUCAAUGGGGCCUGAAUUCAAUGCUAUGGAGAAAGUACGGAGAGUACGGAGUACUGUAUGGGCAAACCUUCGUCUCAGGUGUCCGGUCUUCAAUGAACCAAUUGAACCCACGCCACCACUAGUUAUUGCUUUCGUUCUAAAUUAUUCUCAUCCUUCCCUCCGCUUCCUUCUCUCGUCUCCGUGUCUUGCCAUCGUCUCCGACACGGUGCAUCUCUCUCACUCUCUUCUUUACCCUCUUCCUCUUCCCCAUCUUCAUCGAUUACCCCAGUUCCUUCGUUUGGGGGCCGUUCAAUCCUUCAAGAUCUCUUUGCAUUAGCCUAACUAUCACUGCUUCAUUAUGUCAUCUGGCUAAGCGUCAUUUUUAUCAUCACUUCAGAUCUGAAACAGCUUCUACAGCAACAAAUCGACCGCUAUGGGCAAGCGGUGGUACAAAACCGAUCGCGCUCAAGACUUUGAUCAUGAGCAGGAUCGGCAGGUGCGGAUGCGCCAGGUCUACGAGACCAUCGAUCGACAAGCGUUUCAAAGGAUUGUCGUUUUCGUUGCCGGUGUCGGCUUCUUCCUUGAUGGAUACACACUCUUUGCAAGCAACAUGGCGUUCCCGAUGAUUUCCUAUGUAUAUUGGCGAGACCAAUUAUCUUCCAUGCAUGUCACCUGCGUCAACAUUGCUACACUCGCCGGCACACUCUUUGGACAGGUGUUGUUCGGGUACCUGGCGGAUCGUUAUGGACGGAAGAAGAUGUACGGCUUAGAGCUGAUUCUGAUGAUCACUUCCACCCUGGGUGUUGUGAUGGCUUCCCAGGGUGAGCACGGCAGUAUGAGCGUGUAUGCAUGGCUGAUCUGGUGGCGGAUUAUUGUUGGCAUCGGGGUGGGCGCCGACUAUCCUUUGAGCGCAGUCAUUACGUCGGAAUUUGCUCCGACUAAGCACCGUGCACGCAUGUUGGCUUCUGUCUUCUUUAUGCAACCUCUGGGACAAAUUGCGGGUAAUAUAGUCGCCAUUAUCAUUAUCACUGCCAGUCGCAAACAGGGAACCGCGGAUCUCACCCGGACAGUCGACAUUAUGUGGCGCUGGGUCAUUGGCAUUGGAGUCAUUCCGGGUGCUUUGGCCACUUUGUUUCGUUUCGUGAUCCCGGAGUCUCCUCGAUUUGUGCUCGAGAUCGACGACGAUCCGGUGCAGGCUGAAUUUGAUGCGACCACUCUGUUCGACGACUUCCACGCUGCUUCGCCUUCUACCUUGACUGCUUCUCUAUCCGGCGGCGACUCCGCGAGCUGGCACAGUUUCGCCAUUCCUGGCAUAUCACUCACCACAAUCACCGCUGGGGAGAAUGAGGAAGAUGACGAAGAUCGUGAAACCCAGCGCUCGCCUUCCCAAACCGAGAUUCUGCAACCUGCCACUCUGAACUCUCAUUGGCAUCUGACUCGCCAGGAUAUUCGCCAAUAUUUCUGGAUCGAAGGAAACUGGCGCACGCUCGCCGCUACCAGCCUUGCCUGGUUCUUCCUGGACUUCAGCUUCUACGGCAUCAGUCUUUCUAGCCCGCAGUUCCUGGCUAAGACGUGGGGCUCGCUGCAUCUCAAUGGUUCUGCGCCCUAUUGGAAAACCGACGACCGCCCCGGUGCCAGCAUAUACAACAUGCUACUGGCCAGCUCGACACAUGCACUCGUCAUUCUCAACAGCGGGAGCUUCCUAGGUGGAAUUCUGCUCAUUGUCCUGAUUCACAAGAUUGACCGGACCGCCCUACAGAAAUACAUGUUCCUCGCGCUGGCCGCCCUCUUUAUUGCCCUAGGAACCAUGUACAUUACCGUGCACCAAGAAGGAGCCGCUGCUAUCACACUUUACAUUAUUGGCCAGACCUUCUUCAACUUUGGCCCCAACGCUACCACCUACAUCAUCCCAGCCGAGAUCUUCCCCACGCGUUAUCGCGCCACCUGCCACGGCAUCAGCGCCGGCGCCGGCAAGCUCGGCUCCAUCCUCGUCCAGAUCUUCUCGGCAUACUAUAAUUUCGGCACGGGAGAGGGCGACAAGCCAACCAUCCGCCACGGCUGGAUUCUGAUUAUCUUCAGCGUGUGCAUGAUCUUUGGCGCGGCCGUCACGCACUUCUGGAUCCCGCCCGUACAGCGCGUCGCCGACCAUGGGUCGUCGUUCUCCUCCUUCUCGUCUCCCUCUGCCCGCGGUCAGCUCUGGGGCGGCAGGACCGAGACCCUGGAGACCCUGGCGCUGGGCCGGUGCGGAUGGAAGAGUCGCUAUGCGGCCAGGGUGGGCGCGUCGAACGUGCCUAGGAACCGUAUCCGCGUCCGCCAAAAGGUGGUGGUUACGUGAACUGGGCACGAAAUGACUUCUCUUCGUGGACGCUUUCUCAUAUUUUUAUUACUACCUGCUCUUCUCGACACUCUCUCACUCUCUCUGAGCUCUUUUUCUUGUGAUACAGACAUUGUCAAAUACGUUUUCCCACGAUCUAUAUAAUACCCUACACGAACAACGAAACACUUGCCACUAUUGGGUAAAGUUAAGAACUGCACCCGAGGAAGUGAGCAUAGCCAUAGGUUGGUGACUGGCUUUCAGAGUAGAGAUUCUCGUACUUAGUGAAC